AUGAAACCGGUUUCAACUAUUAAACAGGCUCGAGAGGAAAUUGCUAAAUUGUUGGAAGAAACUGAAAAUGGAAAUUUAGAUUGUUUUCAAAGUUUCCAAAACAGUCUGAUUAAAAUUAUUAAAACUUACUAUUUUGGAUUGACUUGUAAAUUAACGGGAGAAGGCAAUUUACUAUUGGCUGAAGUUGUUGAUGGCUAUCCAACUCAAACUGGCGAAUGA